GAAAAUUAAUUAAUAUACUUUUGAAAAUUGGAAGGAGAGUAAAUUAAUUUCGCAUGUAAUUAAAUUUUGCCCAUAUUAGAAACACAUAAGAUUUGAAGACUGUGACAGACUGCUGAUAGAAUUAGUACACCGUAUUUAAUUAGGAUCAGAUCUCCUAGUUUAUAAGAGCUAGAUUUUAGGAUAGGAUUCGGUCCGAGUUUUUAGAAAGAAUGUCUGAAUACUCACCUUAUCCUCUUAUGGAGUUUUGGUAGUAUUUUGGUAUUCUGUUAUUCUCUUAUCAUAUGCUUAUCAGCUAAAAAGCUAAUCCAUUGUAGACGUAAUUGUACCCAGCAAAAUAUUUUCAGUUCACAAUUCCUCUAGGCUGGAAGAAAGAUGGCAGAUACAAUAGUUUCCACUGCCGUUGAGAGAAUUUCCAACUUGCUAAUCCAAGAGGCAGCCUUUCUUUCUAAUGUAAGAGAUGAAGUUGAGCGAUUACAAGCUGAAUUGAAGCGAAUGCAGUGCUUCUUGCAAGAUGCAGACUGCAAAAAAGACCAAGAUGAACGUAUUCGCAACUGGGUAUCAGAAAUCAGAGAUCUUGCUUAUGAUGCAGAUGAUGCCAUUGACACCUUCCUCCUCACCAUUCCAAGAACACAAGUCGGAUCUUUUGGACGCAUCAAGAACUCUACCUGUAUGAUCGCCAAGGCUCCCCAACUCCAUGAUAUUGGCCAACAAAUUAACUCCAUCAGAAAUAAGCUUGGGGACAUCGCCACCAGCAUGCAGACUUAUGGCAUCAAAUUUGUUGAAGUAGAUGGGUCUAGUUCUGCCACUGAGCUGCGGCGGCGACUGAGGAGAACCACCCCGUAUGAUGAGGAUGAGCAUGUUAUCAGAUUAGAGAGUACAACUAUGGAACUUUUGGAUCAAUUGAUGCUAGAGGAUGACAGACUCCGAGUUGUUUCCAUAGUGGGCAUGGGAGGACUCGGCAAAACAACUCUUGCCAAGCAUGUAUAUAAUCGAGUUGAUAUCAAGAAACACUUUGAUUGUUUGUCAUGGGCUUUCAUAUCUCAGCAAUUUUCAAGAGGAGAUGUUUUGCUUGGAAUCCUGAGGGAAGUUGGAAUUAAAUGGGAGAAUAUGGGAAGCUUGAAAGAAGAGGAAGAGUUGAUCAGAACACUUAGAAAUCUAUUGAAGGAGAAGAGAUACUUGGUGGUUCUUGAUGAUAUUUGGAAAGAAGAAGCAUGGGACAGUUUAAAAUUUGCUUUCCCAAAAGGGAAGAAAGGAAGCAAAGUUUUAUUCACAACCCGGAUCAAAGAAGUUGCUUUGUAUGCUGAUCCAUGGAGCUCGCCGGUGGAACCACCAUUUUUUACUAACGAAGAGGGAUGGGAACUUCUCAGCCGGAAAGCAUUUCUGGAAGAUAUUGCCAGCGAGCGAGGUUAUGCGCCAGAAUUCGAGAGAAUAGGGAAGGAGAUGGUGAGAAAAUGUGGAGGACUACCUCUAGCAAUUGCUGUGCUUGGAGGGUUGUUGGCUAACAAGUCCUUGAAGGAAUGGAAGAUGGUGCAAAAAGACAUCAAUACACAAUUCAUCAAGCUGCAACUGCAUAAUCACUGUGCAGGAGUGGAUUGGAUAUUAGCUUUAAGCUACCAAGAGUUGCCGUUUUGGCUAAAACCAUGCUUUCUCUAUCUUUCCCAAUUUCCGGAAGACUCGGAAAUUGACAAGAAGAAACUCAUUCGGAUGUGGAUAGCUGAAGGUGUUGUGCGACAGCCAUUGAGAGGAGAAGGAGAUGAAACAAUGGAAGAUGUAGGCGAACAAUUCUUGGAAGAGCUUGCAAAUAGGUGUAUGGUUCAAGUGAGUAGAAGAGAUCACACUGGAGUUGGCAUCAAAUCCUGCCGCAUGCAUGAUCUUAUGAGAGAUAUGUGUGUUUCAAAAGCAAGAGAAGAAAGCUUUCUUGGAGUUAUUAAGCAUCAACAGGACUUAGCAGCAGCUGCAAUGACCAAGUCUCGCAGAAUUGCCAUUCACAAGAAAUUCUUUCUUCCCACAGAAGACUUUGAUCCACAUCUUCGUUCUCUCAUCUACCUCGUCCCAGAGAAGGUUGUUGGAUAUUCAAUGAGAAAAGAUCAAGUAAUUUUCAUUUUCAAGAAUUUUAAACUGCUAAGAGUCUUAAAUCUUGAAAACAUGUCUCUAAAAGAGAGUUACAUGCCUAGAGAAAUUGGCAAUCUGAUUCAUUUGAGAUAUCUUGGAAUGAGAAACACCACAUUGCAAUGCACAUAUUUAUCAAACUUAGUCACACGACUGACACCAUUGCCUUCACCCAUUGGCUACUUGAAGAGUUUACACACACUCGAUUUACGAGAAGUUCAUUGGGAUGUUCAUUAUGUUUCAGCGUGGAAAUUGCAUGAUGUAGUCUGGAAACUAAAAUGUUUGAGACAUCUGUUAUUGGACAGUGAUGCAGAUGAUUUAUGCAAGUAUCUUUUAGAUACAUUAAGAAAUCUAGAGACUCUGAAGUGGAUACAAGCUAAGAGUCUAAUUAGAAGAGAUGCACUAUUCAAUUUGACUAAUCUUCGAAACUUAGGAGUAAAGUUUCAGAGAAUAGAAGAAGCUGAGCUUGUUCUAAGAUCUCCCAUUUUCGGAUUGGGACGUCUUUGUUGCUUGAAGAUGCAUAUGUUAAAAGGAAGUUCAUUUCCAAGCUUGGAAACACUUUCUGAUUGCCAUCAAUUAACCAAAUUGGAGUUAAAUGGAAUCAUACCAGAAGAUCCAUAUUCUUCUCUCCACAAUUUGGAAUGCUUGCCACGAAGCCUUGCCAAGUUAAGAUUGAGCAAUUCUAGAUUGAAGAAAGAUCCGAUGGGUGUUCUAGAGAAGCUGCCUAAUCUGAGGUUUCUGGAUCUGGGGGAGGAGUCAUAUGAAGGGUCUGUAAUGGUAUGCACUGUUCACGGGUUUCCUCAACUUGAGAGUCUUAAUGUUUCAGGGAUAGAUGCAUUAGAAGAAUGGCGAAUAGAGGAAGGUGCACUGCCAUGUCUCAGGGAUUUAUCUUUAAGUUAUCUAAGGAAACUGAGGAUGAUUCCUGAAGGAUUGAAAUUUAUCUCUACUGUUCGGAAAUUGGUUCUCAGAUGCAUGACACAAGAGUUCACUACAAGGGUUAAAGUCAUAAAUGGAGUAGGAGAGGAUUUUGACAAAGUGCGUCACAUACCCUCUAUAAUAUUAUACGUAUAGUGAAACCGUCGUAGAUUUUCAAGGAUUGAUGAGUUGAUCACGCAACAUUUUACAAUCAAAUUAGUGCUAUUUACGUACUGAUGGAAAAGAAUCCUACUUUCUUUUUUUUUUUUUUUUUUUUUUUUUCUGGAUGCACAUAUUUUUAUCCUAUUUGGGGUGGUUUUCCUGGGCCUCCUGAAAAUAAGGAAUUCUAAAUUGAUUUGUGCCAUAUGUGAUGCAUGGGUGUAGUCUUUGUAUGUUUGUUUCCUCUCCUGGUUUCUGUUUCUCAUCGUAAGCUGCAUCAUCUGGGGUUCUGCAUCACAAGACUAUUUGUUGGCGUUCUGACUUUCAUAUGAAUAAUGGAACAGUGUGACUUUCAUUGUAUCAUAUGCAUCUCCAUUUUCCAUGGUUCACAAUCCUUAAGUUUUAUUCGGUAAAUUUUGAAAAUAAUAUUUAGAUCAUGAAAAUGCUACUCUUUGCAACAGUUAGCUAAUAACUACUAACAACUACUAAAACAGCUAGUAUUGCCGAAUAGGGGCACUAAACUGACCUUUACUUAGCCUCUAAGUACCAUAUAAUCAUAGUUCAACCAUUGCUUUCACAGCUUUUGCAAAGUUUAAUCGUUCAACUGUAAAAUGAUUGUAUUGUAAUACAUGGAACUAGACUAGAAGGACAGCUAUAAUCAGGGCACACUCUAAGUUGCUAUCUCAACAAGAAUUCAGAGUAAUUUAUCUGUUUUCAUAUGAAAUUAGAACAAAAAAAAAUGCAUACAAAUUUAUUUUCUGAAGUCUCAAAUCAAUUUCUUAAAAAUUAUCAGCGGUCUGGAUUUUUCCAAAUCCUACUAUGAU